GCAUGCAUGUCUCGCCGCGGCGAUCAAACCUCGCUCACUCCCCGUCUGCCUCCAUCCGUCAUGAAAGCUCACGCUGACGGGUGAGAAUCACCUCGCCUCGCCUCCCGUCUCACAAAACCGAGCAAGCAUGCCGCUGCUAACACCCUCGCGCAUCGCCGUCGUGGUGCUGUGCCUCUCGCUCAUCAGCUUCCUGUGGACGUACGGCCUGCCGCACCAGCUUGCUCAGCCUUCGUUGCCUAUCGUUGGAGGACUUGACGAUGGGGCUGGGAAGACGUCGAGGCUUUGGCAUGCUGUUGCGCCGACGGCUACGGUAGGGGGGCAGCUGGGGAAGGAGAAGGAGAAGGAGAAGGAGACUUCGCUGCCGCCGCCGCCGGUUAAAACGGGGUCUGCGGGCCAUGAUGAGGAUGGCGGACGGUGGGUGGAUGGGGAUGGGAAGACUCGAGUGCAGGCUACCACGCUCGUUACGGAGAUAUUGUCUGCUACUGAGAUGCUGUCCGCCAAUGCGUCCAUGCCCACGGCUGCCACCGGGCCCACGCUCUGCCAGGACGUCCCCAACGCGCCGCACGUCAUGAUCAUCCUCAAGACGUCCAAAGCCGAACUGCACAAGCUGCCCCCGCACCUGCGCAACCUCCUCUCCUGCGCCCCUAACUCGGUCAUCUUCAGCGACCACACAGGCGACAUCGACGGCCACAUCAUCCACGACGCGCUGGCCCCCGUCUCCGGCGACGCCAAGCGCCAGCACGACGAGUUCCGCGAGUACCAGCUCCUCCGCACCGACGCCCACUACAAACCCGACGCGAAGAAGACAAAAGACCUCGACAAGUGGAAAACCCUGCCCAUGGUCUACCAGGCCUACCAGAUGAACCCGCACGCCAAAUUCUUCGUCUUCAUCGAAGCAGACACAAGCCUAAGCUGGACAAACCUCCUGCAAUGGACGAGCAGGCUCGACUACCGCAUCCCAUACUACGCCGGCGCGCCAGCACGCGCAGGGAAAACACAAUUCGCACAGCGCGGCGCAGGCAUCCUCCUAUCCCAAGGCGCACUGCGCAGCUACGCAAAGUCCUACGAGGAGCGCUACAUAUCCGAGUGGGAGUCCCGCGUCGGCAAAGAAUGCUGCGGCGACAUCGUCCUCGCCACAGCCCUAUACGACGCACACGUUGAAUUCUACGCCGCGUGGCCUCUGCUCCAGGGCGAGGCCCCGCAUACACUCGAUUACACGCGUCGCCACUGGUGCGCACCCGCCGUGUCGUGGCACCAUGUGAAUAGCUCGCAGCUUGACGAGGUGUGGGCGUUUGAGAAGAGGUGGACGGAGACACAUGGCUGGAAGAAGCCGUAUUUGUAUAAGCAUGCGUUUGGGGAGUUUGUGCUGCCGUUUGUUGUGGAGAGGAAGGUGGGGUGGGAUAAUUUGUGCGCGGAUGCGAGGGUUGUUGCGCCGAAGGGACGGCAGGUGGAACUUCAGGGCGGUGGGGCUGGGCAGGAUGAGGUGAAGAUGGGGAAUGCACCGACGCCAUUACCACCGCAUUCUAAGCGCGACGAUAAGAAACAGGACGACAAGAAACCAGACGCUAAACCCGCUAAACCCGACCCCCCCAACUGGGACAAAAUCCCCCAAUCCAACCCCACCGCCGCAGACUCCCCGCUCGCCUGCCAAGCUGCGUGUAAGAGCGUGGCAGACUGCGUUCAAUGGCGCCAUACGUCCGAGGGGGAUGGGAUCUGUUUUCUUGGCCGGGCAGUCAAGCUCGGGAAACCGGUUGAAGACGGGGGUGAGGAGAAGGAGACGUGGGUUAGUGGGUGGAUGGUGGAGAGGAUUCGGGAGCUGGGCAGGGAGUGGGAGUGUAAGGAGGUUAAGUGGCGGUUUUAUCAGUGAGGUUAUCGUUGGGUAAGGGGGGGGUUGGAUUUGUUGCCUACUUUUUGUGUGUGUAUAUUGGGUACAUGGAGAGGUUCUUUUUGGAUAGAAUGUUCGUUUUUCUAGGCUUGUUACUGGGUUUUGGCGCGGUGAUUGGUGAUGUGUGUAGUCCAUUUAUGAAAGUUACAAAUGAAGUAUAUAUUCCCAAAAUAGAACAACAGUAUUUUUUAAA